CCCUGUAUUUGACAACAUCUCCACAAAAUGACACAGUUUUAGACUGCUGCUCAACUGUGAUGAAAUGUCCCGAUUUAUAUUCUUACUUGCUCUCCAAAUCAAUUGUUUCUUAAUUUGCCUUACCGACAAUGAUGGAAUCGACAUUUUUUCUUUUGUGCCAAAAUUAUCCUUCGGAACACAUUCCCUCCUUGAGCCAUACGUGAACAAGUAUUGCGACGACAAUUUCCCACCAGGUUUCGUUUACUAUGGCUGCUGCUCGGAAGACUACCCCAAAUCACAUUGUUUCCUGAACGACGAUAAGAGUCGGGAUGCAUUUUGCGAGACACAAAAUUUGCACGCGAAUCGUUUCAGUUACAAUUGUAGCAACUCUAUCGUGGAUAAGAAUUGUACGCUGCCGAAGGGGCGAUGCUAUUGUUGUUCUCCUGAUGCCCCCACUGACCAUGACAACAGGCCUACUCGUCCACCACAAUCGGCUAAUCUCACAGUUAACACGGACACCAAAAUCUGGACUAAAAUACAGACUGGAAUACCUAGAUGUGGACAAGCGUCUACAUUUCUCCCCGUCCAUAUUAAUUACCCUAACCUCAUUACUUUUAUACAAAUCAUAGAUCCAUCGUUUUGUGGAACCAUUGCAACAGACCAAUUUUUCGGUGGGAAUUACACCUUGGCCCAUAUAAUGGAACAAACAGCGUGGGAACUGCCCCUCUUCAGCGCACUUUCAUUUACCCUAGAACAAGGGACAAAGUUCGUUAACGUGAUGAAUCCCAAUUGUCGCGUGACGAUUUGCCACAUAUGGAAAACUGGCAUUAGAGGGGAAUGUCUCCAUUUUACACACGAUGGACAAAAUAGUUAUAGAACGGACAAACAGUACAACACUGUUUCGAUAAGUUGCGGCUGCAUGAAUGGACCAUUUAGUAACGAUGAAUGCACAAAACCGGAAAAUGUCCUGGAGUCUGAUGUGUCUUGCCAACCACAAAAUUUAGAUGCCGAUACGUGUGCCGUACUUUAUCAAGAAUCCGGCUGCCAAUCCUGUAAUUUUGACCCGAUUCGUCUUACCGAUAAGCGCUCAUCCUUCACGCCGAGUAAUUUCGCGGUAAUUCGAUCCCUUCGAGUCAACUCGGGAUGCAGCGUGCGGGCAUCGGCGGCCCAAGAUUUUGUCGAAUUUUACGAGACGACGUCAAUUGUGCAGGAAUUUUUUCUCCAAAAUACCACGAAUGCUGAGGUGUACUUGCAAUUUAACACUUUCGACUGCAUCUGCGGUCCAAAAACUAUCAUAGAAGAUGGUACGACUUCGCUUUCCGGUGGGGCCAUUGCUGGCAUUGUGCUCGGUUUGGUUGUACUGGUCGCGGCAAUGAUAGGCUUGACUUACUUCAUGAAGGGAAGAAAACACAAGGUCAGCUUCACCCAGGAAGAGACAGAACAACUUAAGCACGAGCUGUUCAAUGGGGGAGGGGAAGCAGGUACACAAACAGGACCGGAAGUGGAUUUUGAAAAUUCAGUCAGCAUCGCCAGCAACAACAAUGGACUCAAUGAAGAAUAUUCUGUUAAGAAGCAGCACAUUGAAGUUUUCAAAGAUAUUUUACUUGGACGUGGAAACUAUGGCGUGAUUUUCAAAGGUAGUCUUUUCUCGGAGUCGGAUCAGCACAAGGUGGACUGCGCCAUAAAAACCGUGGAUGAAUUAACUGCCAGAAUUGAUGAUUUAAAAUUACUCAUGAACGAAAUUAGGAUAAUGUCCUGUGUUGGUCGACACGAAAAUGUGAUCCAGUUUCUGGGAUUUUAUUGCAAUUUCCAUCCAAAGAAAUGGGAAUUUUUAUGCUUGAUGGAACUCUGCGUGGAAAAUUUGCAUAGUUAUCUUCUUCAAGCCAGGAAUUGUCAGAAGGCUUCGAACUCCACGAUUAAUGUUCACUUGCAAAAAGAAGGAUAUGUUUUUUACGAAGAUACCGAGCAAAUUGACGAUACAAGCUCAGGUCAACCCCCUCAUCCUCAGCUGGACGCACCGUCCGUUACAAUCACACAGGUAGAGAUUCGAAAAUGGUCGGCCGAAAUUGCGAACGGGAUGGAUUACUUGACGAUGAAAAAUUUGCUCCAUAUUGACCUUGCAACACGAAAUGUCCUCCUAUCGGCGAAUCUAACUGUUAAAAUCAGUGAUUUUGGACUGUCAAAAAAGCUGUAUGACGCCUUGUAUUACAAAAAAGUUCAAGGAGGCCAUAUUUGGAUCCCCAUGAAGUGGAGUAGCUUCGAGUCGCUGAUGGGGCUCAAGUUCUCGAAGGAAUCUGAUAUCUGGUCGUACGGGGUGACAAUCUGGGAAAUCUUUAGCCUCGGCGAGGAGCCUUAUCCGGACCUGGGUGAGAUGGUGGACCUUAUCAGAUUCCUUAAUAGUGGACAAAGACUCCCAUGUCCGAAGUCUUGCGACGAUGAGACUUAUGCUCUCAUGAAAAAAUGCUGGGAAAUGGAUCCAACAAAAAGACCCAGUUUCAACGAGAUUGGAAUAUUCUUUAAAAAUUUUGGAAAAGAAGAUGAUGUAUUGAAUAUUUAAUUCAUUCAAAUUUAUUCAUAUUAAUUAAAUAUUUAUUAGUAUUGCAGCAAAAUGAAGUUAUUAUCCGUUAAUCUUUGUUCUUACCAUAUGUAGAUUAAGAAGCCACGAUUGUUUAAUUCCUGUCACAGGAAAAUUAAAUAUUUACGUAUCUA